GUCCUCCUUGGCCCAACUUCGCCGUCGCUACCAUCCUCUCGCUCAAUCCCUCGUCCUACUUGUAUCAUAAUUUUCUUGGGUUCGCUUCAAUUUCACCACUACUUCGAUACCCAUGUCGUCGAUUUCAUAUUAAUCUCUCAUGUCCCAACAUUGCGGAUGCAUUUGCAUUCCCAGCUCGCUUGUGCACCGCCCGUGGAGUUUAAUUGGGUCUGUUAAGGGAAGUUUUUGUUAGUGGGCUUUUGUAAGUUAUGGCUCUCUGAACCCCGUUCUUCGAAUUUCUGCAAUGGUGCAUGGGAUGGUGUUCUGGGUCGCCGUUGCUGUGAUGAUCUGGUGGCAGUAUCUGUCAGCAAAAGACCUGCUGCGUUCGAAGUGUGCUUUGCUUUUGGUUCAAAAUUUUGUGGUAAGCGCUGAAUACCGUGAGGUCUUUGAGAAGAGCGAGAUGAUUUGCAGGCGCCGAUGGGACGAAUUUCUUUGCCCCAUUCUUUAAUUUCGCUGCACCGUUUCCGCUAACUGCAUGCAAGGAUGUGAAGAUUGGUCAAUCGGCUGAUCCAUCCAAUAUAUCUCAUGACUGGAGUCCACAGUUGCAGAAAUGGCAUAUUAAAUCAAGCAGAUUUUGAAUAGCGCUUGAACAGGGUUGUCAGAUGGUCGCGGAGUGCACGCAUCUUGCUUACCGCUGAAUCGUUUGGCAAUAGGAGCAGUAAGAGGACGUAUCUAUAUGAGUGCCAUCGAUGCCAAGGUGGAUUAACGAAUCUGGUACACUAAUUUGUAAGCUUCCAUGCAAGCAGUCCAACUUAUAAAUGACAUUUGACGAAUAUUUUUGUGCUCUUCAGGGUGAUGGGGAAAGCAAGAGGUGAAAUUGAUAAAUAUGACUUGUACCUGCAUGACAGGCGAGAAGCGAGCAAGGAGGGCACCAACAUGGGCUUUCAGUCUGAUUUCCCUCAUGACACUUGUGACCGACAGAUAAGCUCGAGUGGCCAUGUCUAUGAUAAAUCAGUCGCAUUGGAUCGGGAGCGGUUGGAAGUUGCAAGUUUGCGCCAGGAUAUCAUUGACGAGUACGAGAAGAAAAGUGCGGAGCUCCUUGAGUACUUGGAUUCCAUGGAAUCUGCAUUUGAAUACCAAAGGUUGGAGUACGAGGAGAGACAAAAAAAUUUAAGAUUGGAAAAUGAGGAGCUCAGGCAUGAAUUGGCACAUGGCUGCAGGGCUCGUGUAGCUGAGCUCCUCGAAAAGGAUCAGGAGCGAGAGGAGGAUGCUCAUUACGUCGUUCAAGCGGUGCAAGUCUUGAAGAGCGAGAUGAAGGAGAAAGAGAGGGUCGCCAAGAAGGACCAUAGAAAAGUCAAGGAGCUGCAGUUAAUGGUAGAAGAACUGCAAUGGACUAUUGAGAAGAAGGAAGAGGAGCAUGAAAAUGUAGGGAGGCGUGAGAAGAAAGCCCGAAAGCACAUUGAGGAAGAGAAUGAUGUACUCAGACGGAAAGCUGCUCUUGGCUGGAUGCUUGGUUGUUUAUCAGAGCUUUAUUUGAGGCUGGACCCUGAUAUUGGAGCUGGCAGAAUUCUGAAGCUGGUGCGUAAAGUCCAGCGAGAGUUGGAAUCUGGGAAUCGCGUUUUCAGCACCGGAGGAAUGACGCCACCCAAGCUGGAAUAUGAGCUGAUUCAAAGAGAGAUCCGGAGGUUGAUCAAUGCUGGCAACUCCAAUACACUGCCAAGUUUAGCCCAAAAAUUACGCAUAAAUUCUUCUGUGGUGAGGACUGCCAAGCCCAAACAGUUCACAAGGGAACUUCCAGGUGAUCGUCGUAAGAAGCUUAGGCUUAGUAAAUCUCUUCGGGAGCAGGCCCAGGCCGCGCAACGAAGCUUCUCUGCACCUUCUGAAGUGCCUUCGAGAAAGGAGGUUGCUGCCUGCGAAGGGUUUGUUCUAAAAGAUCACCUCAAACAAAAGCAUCAUGUAUCAUGUCACAAGGACGUUCAGAAGAAAGAUUGGGGAACCUGGAAAAAGCUAAGGCUACUGAAGAUGGACCAAGCUGCCAAGGAAACUUCCUAUCGUGAGAUCAAGAAAGUUUUGCAAGGAUUAGAGAGUAGCAUGACUUAUCUUUUGGGUCAAGAAAGGCGGCGUCGUUUAAAUAAUCAAAGUAGGAUAUGAUCUCAGAACUUCGAUAACUUCUGAACUGUGUAAAUUAACCUGUCUACAUUCUGUGUUCUAAACUAAAGUACAGCACAAGAGAACAGGAGAGCAUAGUUGUCAUAUAUUAAAUGAGUACAACAGACGACAGUUUUAUACUCUAGAAGAGUGUUUGUUGUCAACUGGUAUGUCUUCAACUGGAUUGAAUCUGCAUAAAAUUAAAUAUUGUAUUGAUAGUUUGUAUUCAAAUAUCUCUACCAUUUAUACCAUUGAAACAAGCUUGGUGUUAAA